AUGGCAAUGUUCAUGAAAGUUUUGGCUAUCUUUGUGAUUGCUGGAACUAUAGUUCUGGACAACAGCAACAGCAUGGUGUUGGGACAGUGUCAUGGUGACAUGCAGGGACUGGUAGAGCAAUGCUCCAGAUUUGUGCAGAAGCCUGGGCCGACCGUUGAUCCGUCCAAGGCAUGUUGCGAGGUGGUGCAGACACUAGACUUCCCUUGCGUGUGCAAGAACAUCACCCAGGAUGUGGAGAAUAUUAUUAGCAUGGAAAAAGCAGUGUAUGUCGUGGGCUUCUGUGGCAAACCACUCCCUCAUGGAUCCAAAUGUGGCAGUUACACAGUUCCAUGA